CAGCUCAGUCGCAAAACAACAUUCGAGUAGGUCGGAACAACUUCUGCUCUUGCGCAGUUAACUAAGCACCGAACUAGAUUCCACAUUCUAAUUUACAUUAUUGCGAUAGUUUUACAUACAUACUCAAAUAUACCUCAAAAUAAAAUCAUAAAUUCAUAAACCAUAUCUAAAAUAAAUUUACUUUAAGAAACUAAAGUAAAUAUUCGUUAUUUUCCAUUGCUGAUAAAUAAUUAAUUUAUCAGUUGCAUUUGCCAGUAGUGAACGAUCAUGGCUUUCAUGAAACAAAGGAAUCGGGAAAGUGAAACUUUAGUAUUUUAUGUCAAUGGCAAAAAGAUUAUCGAGAACGUCGUUAAUCCCGAAUGGACAUUAUUGGUAUAUUUAAGAAACAAACUCUCACUAUGUGGAACGAAAUUGGGAUGCGGGGAAGGUGGAUGCGGUGCUUGUACUGUUAUGGUGUCCAAAUACGAUCGAAAUACGCAGGAAAUUAUCCAUUAUCCAGUAAAUGCUUGCUUAGCACCGGUAUGCUCGAUGCAUGGAUUAGCUGUGACCACAGUGGAGGGUAUUGGAUCAACUAAAACUAAGCUACAUCCGGUACAGGAACGUAUUGCCAAGGCACAUGGCUCACAAUGUGGAUUCUGUACACCUGGGAUUGUUAUGUCUAUGUAUACACUUUUGAGAAACCAAGGAAAGCCAAAAAUGGAAGACUUAGAUGUGACUUUCCAAGGAAAUCUUUGCAGAUGUACCGGUUACAGACCUAUUAUUGAAGGGUACAAAACAUUUACUGAAGAUUGGGAAGUGAUGCAAGCUACCAAUGAGAUAAGCAACGGUAAAGUUAAUGGUUUAAAUGGGUGUGCCAUGGGUGAUAAAUGUUGCAAAUUGCAACCAAGUGAUGAUAAUAAAUUGUUUGUGCCAAGCAAAUUUGUACCAUAUGACAAAUCCCAAGAACCAAUAUUUCCGCCAGAGUUAAAAUUAACAACUGUUUAUGACAUGCAGUCUUUGGUCUUCAAAGGAAAUAAUGUCACUUGGUAUAAACCAACAUCAAUGGAUGAACUUCUUCAAUUAACACAAAAAUAUCCUACCGCCAAAAUAAUUGGAGGUAACACCGAAGUUGGAGUGGAAGUUAAGUUUAAAGGGCAACUCUAUCCAGUAUUGAUUUAUCCGUCGCAUGUUAAGGAACUUUCCCAGAUUGAAGUUACUACUCAUGGUAUAUCAAUUGGUGCUGCUGUCACUUUAGAUAAAAUCGAAUCUACUUUUAAAACUGUCAUAAAAACUAAGCCAGAAUGGGAAACACGAAUUUGCCAAGCAGUUGUAGAAAUGCUGCAUUGGUUUGCCGGUAAACAAAUUCGAAGUGUUGCUUCAAUUGGUGGUAAUAUCAUGACUGGAAGUCCAAUUUCUGAUCUCAAUCCAAUUUGGAUGGCAAUUGGAGCACGUUUGCAUUUAUGUAGUGUUUCUGGCACUCGAACUGUUCUUAUGGAUGAACAUUUUUAUACAGGAUAUCGGAAAACAAUUGUCAAUCCUGGUGAAAUUUUGCAAGCCAUAGAAAUACCAUUUACCCAUCAAAAUCAAUAUGUUUUUGCACAUAAACAGUCUCGUAGACGAGAUGAUGACAUUGCAAUUGUAAACUGCGCUGUAAAUGUCUGUAUUUCUAAAUCUCCAGAAUAUAAAAUUGAAGAUAUCAACAUUGCUUUUGGUGGAAUGGCGGCAACCACCAUCUUGUCUAAGAAAAUCAAACAAUUAAUUGGACAAAGGUGGGAAGAAAAGAUGUUAGAAAAUGCAUAUCAAUUGCUUUUGGAUGAUCUUCAAUUGUCUGAAGCAGCUCCAGGUGGUAUGGUCGCUUAUCGACGUUCUCUUGCAAUGAGUUUAUUUUUCCGCACUUAUCUUAACAUUUCCAAACAAUUAAAUCAUUGCAUAGAUUCAAGAAAUCUUAGCGCGUUGGAUAAAUUUACUCCAAAAACACCAAAAAGCAGUCAGUAUUUUCCAGUUGAUAAAAAUCAACUUGGAUCGGAUCCAAUUGGUCGUCCAAUUGUUCACACUAAUGCCUUGAAUCAGGCAACCGGAGAAGCAGUUUAUACUGAUGAUAUGCCCAGAUACGAACAUGAAUUACAAUUGGCUCUGAUCUAUACCAAAAAAGCGCAUGCUAAAAUUCUGUCAGUAGAUAUCAGCAACGCACUAAAACAUCCAAAUGUGAUUGAUUACGUACUCCCUGAAGACAUCCCAGAAGGUCUUAAUAUAUGUGGGAUUUUUGGCGAUGAAGAAUAUUUUCGUGCCAACUUGGUAACCAGUCAAUAUCAAGUCUUAGGAGGCAUUUUAGCAACCGAUCUCCUUUCAGCGAGAAAAGCUGUCAAUUUUGUCAAUGUAACUUAUGAAGAAUUAAAACCCAUCAUAACCAUUGAAGAAGCCAUUGAAAAUAAUUCAAUGUUUACAUUUGAAGCAAAAUUGGACCGCGGUGAUGUUGCAAAAACCUUUAGCAACUGCAAACAUAUACUUUCAGGUGAAGCACGAACUGGUUAUCAAGAACAUUUUUACAUGGAACCUCAUGCUUACCUAGCAGUACCAAGAGAAGCUGAAGAAAUUGAAAUUUAUUGUGCAAAUCAGGAACAUGCGCAGACUCAAGAGAUUCUUGCAAAGUUACUGGGAAUAAAACAACAUAAAAUUGUCGUGAAAGUUAAAAGAGUUGGAGGGGCGUUUGGGGGCAAAGAAAUGGUGGGAAGGAAAUAUGCAGGAUACGUAGCUCUCGCUGCAAAGAAAACAAAAAGACCUGUUAGAUUAGUCCUGGAAAGAGAUGAGGAUAUGGCGGGGACAGGUGGACGUAAUCCAUUCUUGGUUAAGUAUAAACUGGGAUUUGACGAUAAUGGUAGGAUUCAUGCUGUAACAGUGGAAUCAUAUCUGAAUGCUGGUCAUUCCGCUGAUCAAUCAUUUUGGGUAAUGGCCCAUGGACUUUCUCAUUGCACCAACUCUAUGUGCAUUCCAAAUGUUGAUGUUGUUGGAAAAAUAUGUAAAACAAAUCUACCAACAAACACAUCUUUUCGUGGGUUUGGUAAUCCUCAAACCAAUUUUGCUGCGGAGUGUAUGAUCCGCGACGUUGCUGAAUACCUGAAGAAGGAUUUGAUUGAAAUUGCAAGAAUUAACAUGUAUAAUGAAGGUGAUCGUACAAUAUAUAAUCAGCCGAUAAUCAAUUGCAAUAUUCGAAGAUGUUUUGAAGAAGUUCUUGUUAACUCCGACUUUUACAAAAGAAAACAGGAGAUCGAGGAAUAUAACAAAGUGAACCGUUGGAGAAAACGUGGUAUUGAUAUAGUUACCACCACAUAUGGUAUUGGUUAUGGGUACGACAGCUUUCAGCAAGCUGGUGCUCUGGUUUUAAUUUACAAAGAUGGCUCUGUGUUAUUAACUCACGGUGGAGUAGAAAUGGGCCAAGGAUUACACACUAAAAUGAUACAGGUUGCCAGUAAAGUUCUUGGCAUACCUAUUGAUAUGAUUCACACGAGCGAAGUGAGCACUGAUAAAGUGCCUAACACCAUUCCGACUGCUGCAAGUGUUUCUUCUGAUUUAAAUGGAAUGGCGGUGAAAAACGCAUGUGAAAAAAUUAACGAACGUCUAGAACCAAUCAAAUCUAAGAACCCAAAUGACCAUUGGGAGAAAUGGAUUCAAACAGCUUUUGAUCAACGCAUAAGUCUUUCAGCUACUGGAUUUUAUUGUGAACCACCUGUUAACUUUGAUUGGUUUACUAAAACUGGGGACAAGCUUCAUAAUUACUACUCUUUUGGAGCUUCUGUAACAGAAGUAGAGAUUGAUUGUUUGACUGGAGAUCAUAAAAUUCUGAGAACUGAUAUUGUCAUGGACGUUGGCAACAGUCUUAAUCCCGCCAUUGAUAUUGGUCAAAUUGAAGGAGGAUUUAUACAGGGUUAUGGAAUGUACGUAAUGGAGGAAAUGGUUGUUUCACCAGAUGGUACCUUUUUAACUAAGGGACCAGGAGCUUAUAAAAUUCCAGGUUUUGGAGAUAUUCCUAUUGAAUUUAACGUUGCAUUAUUAGCAAAUUCUUCAAAUCCAAAAGCUGUUUAUUCAUCAAAAGCCGUUGGAGAACCACCGUUGAUUUUAGCGUCGUCGGCUAUUUUUGCUAUAAGGGAGGCAAUCAAAGCGGCUCGUAAAGAAAAUGGCAUCGAGGAGAACUUCCGGUUGAAUGCGCCUGCAACAGCGGAACGAAUUAGAAUGGCUUGUGAAGAUCACUUAACUAAAAAAGUUGAUCCGAUCAAAUCUACCUGGAGAGUAGAGCACCUUUAAUAUAGUUUUUUAGUUCUAUGUUUAAAGUGCCAUUUUUCCACGGUUUUUAGACACAAUAAUGGCAUUUUAACACGUUCACGACGGCGUGUACCACCAGUGGUACACGGCUCACUUGAAACGAAGCUUAUUCAUUUUUGACUACGUUAGGUUAUACUCGUAUCUGCUUCUCGCCUCACCUAAAGAAUCAGGGCCUUGCAUCUUUGUCACCAAAUGUGUCACUCGGAUUACACAUUAUAAUAAAUAGUGACCGACCGAAAUUUCAGUUUCGGCCAAGAAAUUUAGUUUCGGCUUCAAUUUCGUUUUUGCUUUCUCAGUUCGCACGAAGUUUCGAUCGGACUCACCUGAAAGAACAAUCGCUUUUUGCUAUAGCAAUGCAUAACCACCAGUGGCGCACAGCUGAAGUAAUUAGACGGAGGUGAUAAUGCUCAAACGCCGCCCGAUGCGGCGGAGACUCAAAAACCGCGCCGUCGUCAACAUGUUAAAAACGGACGACCAGGGUCGUGAGUAAAGUACUUUACUCACGGGCGUUAUUCACGGGGCGGAGCAUGCGCCUGUGUAUUUGCUCACCGCACCUGACCGUAUGAAGGCGCUGCUGCUGCUAGAGUAUACUCGUAUAGCAGCCGCUGCUGCUGCUGGUCGACGUGCCACGGCAUUUAUUACCUUACGUUUCCCAGUAGUGUGCGAGCGAAUUUCGACGAUUUGAAAUACAAAAGUUCAAAGACAAAAACCACAACGUAGAAAUAGAGUGAAAAAAAUAGUGAAAACAGCACGUGGCUAAACUUUCUUAAACACACACGUGAAUAAAACUCCCGUUUAGUCAUUUGACUCUUAAUAUAUUAUUAUGUAUUUGCUAAUGCAAUUUAUUUUUGUGCAUAAAAUAGUUACAGUUACGUUCCGCACGUAAUUGUGCACCAUUCUAGAGUUUUAUUGACGCUUAAUUAUGUGAAAUUUACUGGGUGAAUACUGUAUUUGUAGUGUUAAAGUAUUAGUGUAAAGAAAAUUAUGUAAUCUAAAAGAAAUUAUAAAUAAUCUUGUUUGA